CUCACACCUAACCAAGUGAAAGUAAACCUCAUUUUAAUCAGUGAUGUGGUUCGUGGAAUGCGGACCCGUUAGUGCACACAAAUUAACACUUCAACAAUUCUAGGCUAGUAACAACUGAUUCAUGUGUUAUUAUCAUGAUCCCCGUUAUCGCCACUCAAAGUGAAUUUUUAAAAACCAAACUGUGUCAAAAAUGACCACACUAACCCGCGACGAGUGUGACCUCAUAGUCAAAAAACACCUUAACACUAACGACGUUAUUGUCUCCGACUUCGCACUACAACUACUAGGGGGCGAAAACUUCGAACUCAAGAUCAACAUCUACGAGAAACAAGUAGCCAAAAGUGUGUCAUUUUUUGUCAAAACGGGUCCAAACGUAGCGCAAACCUUGGACACAAAUUUUUCCCCGAAACUCUACCUCAAAAAAGACAACCUAGCCGUCUAUGAACAUCUAGGGCAAAAUUUUGAAAACCGUGGACGCCUACUGAACACCGAAGAGCUACAAAUCGUUCUAAAAACAUUGGCGGCGUUCCAUGCAAUAAACUUCGUCUCUGAGCUAGAUCACUCGAAUUUUGAUCUAUCGUCACCCGCGGUCACAAGUUUGUUGUCGUCGCUGCUAGAAAAUGAAGCCCAGGUGUCCAAAACCAUCAAAAAUCUGCGCCAAAAGCAACUCGAGUCGAAAUUCAGACGAACUCUGUGUCACGGCAACCUGACUAAUCGAAACUUGAUGUUCAAAAACGACAAAGGAGCUCCGACUGAGUGUAGAUUGUUGAAUUUCAAAGCUAAUUUCUGCGUACCUCCAAUCUACGACGUUCUUCAGUUGAUUUUCUUCAAUACGAGCGAAGAUUUGAGACAGAGUCACUUCCAGGCUUUGCUCGAUUAUUACUAUGAGUGUUUGAAAGAAGAAACGACGAAGGGUGACUUGGACGUCACUGUCGACGAUUUUCGAUUAAGUGCCCAUUAUUAUCUACCUGUGGUUAAAUUACAAGCUGCGCUUCACCACCAAAACGAGACUAGUGUACAAGAAUUGAAAGAAAGUCUAGCUUAUCCGUUGCUUUCCAAAGAAGAUUGCUACGUGAUUGUUGAAAAUAAAAUUGGAACGAAGAACUACAAGUUUGUGUCUUAUCAAGUGACACCGCUGAGUGAUGUUAGUGGGUUUUUGGGCGAGUACCACCGAGUCGAGAUCAAAAUCGACCAAAGUACAAUUAACGCCUUCAUCAAAUGCACACCCAAAACCGGAAUUCCGUUGGAAAUCGCCACAGAUGUUGAUAGUUUCUCCAGAGAAGUCUUCAUGUAUACAACCCUCGUCCAACAAAUGAAGAAGUACGGAAUCACGACUAUUAAUGAGUGUACACCUCGGUGCUACUUCUACAGACCCAAAGAAUUCAUGGUGUUCGAAGACCUGUCUUUCACUUAUCAAAAUGUAAAUGCGUUGAAACCUCUAGGUUUUCCCUAUUUGCGUUUGCUCAUCCAGAAGUUGGCAAAAUUCCACGCUUGUUCGUUGAUUCUUGAAGAAAAAGUGUCUGCAGAAAAGGGUCAACCGUACCGCUUGAUCGACGAGUACCGUCCACAUUUCACAGAACCACUUUUUUUGGACAACGAUCAACACAAAGGAGCACUAUCAUUCAUAAUUGGAAUGAAAUCGGUUGUGACAGCUACCGAGUUGUUGAAAGAAGUUCAAACUGAACAGAAUCAACGCAACUUUCGCAACUUCUGGCCAAAACUGAAGGAGUUGUUUUACACAGUUAUCAGACCGUCUGAUCGUUUUCGCAACGUUUUGUGUCAUGGUGAUCUAUGGACUAGCAACAUGAUGGUACAACUUCAAGACGAUAAACCAACCGACUGUGUUUUGAUUGAUUUUCAAAUCGUUAGAUACAGUCCACCUGCUUAUGAUAUUCUUUCAGUGCUUCAUUUAACCACGGAUCGUAGUACUAGAUUGAAACAUGAAGACGACUUGAUCCAAAUUUACUACGACGAACUGGGGAGAGUUUUGAAGUCGUAUGGGUACUCAGUUGACAAGGUUUACCCAUACGAGGACUACAUAGGGUGUAUUAAAUACAUGAAACCCCAAAUGGUACUACAAGCCGCUAUUGAUUGCGUUCUUACCAUGUGCACACCUGAAGAAAUUUCAGAAUUUUUGAACAACGAAGAGCAAUGUCGGUACGUCUAUUUCGAAGAUCGUACCGGGUUUAUUACUGCGAUGUGUGGAAAAUCCACUUUGUAUAGAAAUAGGGUGAAAGAAUGUAUUUUGGAUAUUUAUGAUUAUUGUAAUUCUAUGUACACUGAUUCCUAAUAAAACCAAGCGUGUAGUAAA